CUUUCAUUUAACUUCCUGGUUAACAACUUGAUUCAAUCAGUAAGGGAAAGCUCCAAAAUCUAUUUAUUUUUUUUAACCUCUGCCGAAGAGAUGUAUGCUUGCAAAGAAUGAGUAGAAUGAUUCGCUGUAUCCUCCAACUUAUCCUGAGUACAACGUGUACUUGUGCAUAUAACAAUUUAGCAUUAGGGAAACCUGCCUGGCAGAGGACCGCUUUUUCACAAUCCCUGCCAUGGGGAGCAGACAAGGCGGUGGAUGGCAAAUAUACUGACCGCGGAGCAAAUGGUAAUCAGUGUACAAUAUCAGCCGACAAACAACAGACGGCAGAAUGGAGAGUAGAUCUAGGGAGUGUGGUCAGCAUCAGUUAUAUCAAUAUCUUCUACAGAACGGAUAAUAAUCCUGGUUCAUACGCUUUUCGAUUUGCUGGAUUUUACGUCUAUGUCUCCAACACGACUUCAAAAGAGGGCGGCAUACUCUGUUUCCACGAAUUACAGACUGUUAGCGGUACACCUGUAGAAGAUCAGAGGAUCAACUGUUCCGUGUAUGGACAAUAUGUUAUAUACUACAAUGAACGUCUUAGUGGUGUGGUCUAUCCUACCUACUACUCUCAGUUUGCAUUCAACGCACUUUGUGAAUUGGAGGUUUAUGGCUGUCCAAUCCCUGGAUAUUAUGGAGAAUAUUGUAAUCAAACAUGUCCAGUCAAUUGUCAGGGACAGCAGUGUGACGCCGUCACUGGUGACUGUGUGAAAGGUUGUUUAUCAGGGUAUCAAGGGUCACACUGUAGUUACUUGAAUUUAGCCUUGAGGAGACCUGCCUGGCAGGAACACAAUUGGCCAGAUAAACCAGUAGCAUGGGGAGCAGGGAAAGCAGUCGACGGGAGAUAUUCCGACCGUGGAGCUAUUGGAGGACAGUGUACAAUAUCAGGCCCUAGUCAGCGAACAGCAGAGUGGAGAGUAGAUCUAGAGAAAAUAGUCAGCAUUAGUCACAUCCACAUCUAUUAUAGGACUGAUAAUUUUGCAAGCCCUAGUGUUUACCACAAAAGAUUUGCUGGAUUUUAUGUUUACGUUUCAAACAGUACCGAUAAAGACAGUGGUUGUCUUUGUUUUCAUGAAUUGCAACAAAUAAGCGGUACACCAACAGAAGACCAGAAAAUCAACUGUCCUUAUGACGGCCGGUAUGUUAUAUAUUACAACGAAAGGAGACCCGAAGUGACGUAUCCAAGUUACUACUCACAAUAUGCAUAUAAUGAUUUGUGUGAAUUGGAAGUUUACGGGUGCCCAGAAUCUAAGUUCUACGGCCAGUAUUGUGACCAAUUAUGUCCAGAAAACUGUCUUGAGCAAAGAUGUAAUAUGUUUACGGGAAACUGUUUUGAGUGUAAUCCGGGUUAUAAAGGACAACACUGUAGUCGGGAAUGUGACGGUAGAAUGUACGGACCUGCCUGCAAUCACAGUUGUGGACACUGUUUACAUAACACACAAUGUCAUCACAUCAAUGGUUUCUGUACUGGAGGGUGCUCCGCGGGAUACGAAGGAUCUUUAUGUCAAAAACAAUGUGACGGUGGAAGGUUUGGCUUGGAAUGUAACAAAACCUGUGGACAUUGUUUAAAUGGUGCUUAUUGUAGCCACAUUGACGGAUCAUGUAGCGGAGGUUGUACCCCUGGAUAUAAGGCACCCCUCUGUAAAGAAAAAUGCGACAGUGGAAUGUACGGAACAUACUGCAGUGAAACAUGUGGUUUUUGUUUAAAUGAUACACAGUGCCACCAUGUCAACGGUUCUUGCUUACAAGGAUGUUCUGCAGGAUACGAAUGGAUUCUUUGUAAGAAAGAAUGUGACGAUGGGAGGUACGGCUUGAAAUGCAAUCAAACCUGUGGAGAGUGUAUCUAUGGCGGCGCUGACUGUUACCAUGAAAACGGAACCUGUUUAGAGGGGUGCUCUCCUGGAUAUACAGAUUCUCUUUGUAAGACUGAAUGUAGCGGUGGAAUGUACGGUUAUAACUGCAAUAUAAGCUGCGGUCAUUGUCUUAAUGACACACAGUGCAAUCAUAUUAAUGGAAGCUGCUUACAAGGAUGUUCAGCUGGAUAUAAAAAGGUGCUUUGUUCUGAAGAAUGUGAUGGUAGAAUGUAUGGUGAGAACUGUAACAGAAAAUGUGGGCACUGUUUUGACGACGAACAAUGUUACCAUAUAAACGGUACUUGUUUACAAGGAUGUUCGAUUGGAUACAAAGGAUUGCUUUGUACUAAAGAAUGUGAUGAUGGGAUGUAUGGUAUUAACUGCAUUCAAGUCUGUGGUCACUGCCUAAAUUAUGAAAAAUGCCAUCAUAUAAACGGAACUUGUUUACAGCGAUGUUCUAAAGGGUACAACGGAUCUCUCUGUAAUGCUGAGUGUGAAGGUGGAAAGUAUGGUUAUAACUGUAAUGAAAGCUGUGGACAUUGUAUGAACAAUACCACGUGUAACCAUGUCAACGGUACAUGUCCAGAGGGGUGUGCUGUAGGAUACGAGGGGUCUCUUUGUACGAAUGUCUGUAGACCAUCGAACUGGGGAGUCAAUUGUAAAGAAAGAUGUAGUACGGAAUGCGUCAGCCAGACUUGUCAUCACGAAUCAGGACAUUGUCUAUCAUACGAACAGGCAGAGUCUUGCGGCAGAUGUACAUGUAAGAAUGACUACACAAUUACCAUUACAAGCAUUGUUGUCUCUAUAUUAAUUGUUGUGAUGGGAAGUCUCAUUAACUAUCUCAUCUGGAGAAGAAUGCAGCCAAAAGGGACGGUUGUGGACACCCACAAUGACAGAGAGUAUUACAACGAAUUUUCAGUUGUGGAUACAGGAGUGCAAAAGGCUCAGAAAAAUGACACUAAGAAACAUCAUGACAAUUCCUUACACACAGGAAAUCUUUGGGGAAAAUAUGCCAGUCUUCCUCUAUUUUCAAAGUUUAGCAAGGACACUGUUAACAGGCAGACAAUAGGACAAGUGUUUGGGAGUGUUUAA